GUAGAAUAGUAUAAGGUGAUAAAAUUACUCGUUUGUAAAAAAACAUUGCUUUGAAUUGUCAGUUGAUAAGUAAAUGGAAAAUAAAUAAUUUACAGAAUAAAGAGAAACGAGAAAUAUUAUAUAAUUAAAUUUAUAUAAUAUAUUGAUGAAGACUGCACUACAUCAGAGAUUAGUGAUGGUUGGCGAUCGCGAUGGACUAAAAGAAUUAUUAAGACGUAGAUUGGUGGAAUGUGGAUGGCGAGAUCAAGUAAAGUUAAUCUCAAAGGAAUUGAUAAAGGAGCAUGGUCAUGACAUCACAUACGAUACGCUGCUAUCUGCAGUGACAACCAAAGCUCGUUCACUUGUACCAGAUUCUGUAAAAAAAGAACUGUUACAGAAAAUUAAAAAUCAGUUGAUGGCUCAAGAGGAAAAACUCAAGAUUGUAACAGAUCGCUAACAACUUUUUCGACAUUAUUAAGCUUUAUGCAGUUUAUCAAUGCAAUAAUAUUGAUAUACAAUUGCAGAAGUUGUGAUAAAUAUCUUUUCACAAAUUACAUGUAUAAUACCUUAAUAAGAAACGCAUAAUAUUUAAUGUAUUAAGAUCAGAGAAAGAUAACUAUAAAAAACAAAAAAUGUGAUAUAUAUUUAAGAAUGAAUGGGUCUAUACUUUUAAAAAAGAUGUAAAAGUGCAAAUAAAAUAAGGUUUUAUUCUAUACCAAA